AUGGAAAUCAAGAAACAGAUCACUGGAAUGAGGAGACUGCUGAAUGACAGCACUGUGCGGGUUUACCAGCGUGUCAGCAAAGAAGGGGAGAAACUUAAGGAGGAGCGUCAUGACUUGGAUAUGAGUUGGACUGGUAGUCUGAGCCCUCCAUGUGCUGCUGAUGAUCCCAUUCACCCAGCACAGGCUCCAUGGAAUAACAUGCCAAUUCAAGCCAGUGAGUUUUCAGGGCAAUAUGGAACUCGCUCUAAGACUGUACAGAAUCAUGUGAAAAGUCCUGUAUCCAAUGGUGAAUUGCCACUGGUGAAUUCUAUGACAGAUACAAAAUGUUGCACUUGUAACUGUCAGCCUACUCUGCAGGCCAUUCUUCAGGAGCUCAAAGCAAUGAGGAAGUUUAUGCAAGUACAAGCAGUAGUGGCACAAAGCCGGCAACAGCUUCCCCAGUCUUGUGUUUGCUCCCAGAAGGCAGCUCUGUCAAGGAAGCGAAUAAUAAAGAAAAAAGUCCUUCCAAAGAACGCAGUGGUGCCACCAGUUCAUAGUGUACACAGCAUGAGUGUAAGGGAACAUAAAACUGUGGUACUUCCAGAAAGAGCCAGUUUGUUACAAGCAGAGCAUGUCAAGAAAGAAGAGAAUCAUGUACCGGGAUUUGGUAUUGUUGUCAACUCGUCAUCUUCUGAUCCAGAUGUGCAGCUGGCUGAAGGGUUUGAUGUCUUCAUGCCGAAAUCCCAGCUUGACUCCAUACUAUCCAAUUACAAGAGGUCAGGGAGCCUUCUCUUUAGAAAACUUGUCUGUGCUUUUUUCGAUGAUAAAACUUUGGCAUCAUCACUACCAAAUGGAAAACGGAAGCGUGGACUCAAUGACAACAGACAAGGAUUGGAUCAAAAUAUUGUGGGAGCAAUAAAAGUUUUCACAGAGAAGUAUUGUGCUGCUAACAAUGUGGAAAAGGUUCCUGGCCCACGACAUUGGGUACAAAUCCUCCAGGAUCAGAUCAAACUUGCCAGGCGCAGAUUAAAAAGAGGCUGUGAUCUAGGUGAGUAG